AUGCCACCUGUUUUCAUCAAAAUAACAUCAAUUUUAGUAGCUUCCAGAAAUAAAAUUAAGCUACAUGGCGAGCUUACCACUGGAACUCUAGCCAAUCAAGGCAUCGAGUGGUACUUUAUCCGGCCCAGGGUCUCUUACUUCGGUAAUCUCUCGGAAGCUGGUGUUAAACAGCACCCCACAUACGAAGAAUUCUCUACUGUGCUGGUCAGCAUGGAGAUGGUGCUCAACAGUCAACCCUCAGUCUUCCUCUCUGGCAAAGUGGAUGACUUCGAAGGGCUCACACCGGUCUAUUUCAUCGCUCAGUUUUAA